AUGGCCGUUUCGGUGGGGUCGAGUGGAAACACUUCAAUCGCCGAGUUCCUUUCCACCCACUCGACCGCUGUCACACCGCCGGUCCAGCGGCAAGCAGUGAGCAAAGUCGACAAUCGGGCGGUUUCGUGCUCUCGCGGUUCGCUCGUCACACUCAGCAGCAUCGAGCAGCAUCACAACGCAACACAACUCAACUCCACACGUACUGCUUUCGCAGCUCUUCAACCUUCUCGCUGGCGCCUGUACCUCGGCUCCGUCCCGCAUAGAGCCCCACUCGGCCGUCUUCCAGUCACAAUGCUGCACGCAUCAGCGAUAGCAGGCGCCUGCGCCGGCCUCGUCUCCUCGGUCGUAACAUGCCCGCUCGAUGUGGUCAAAACACGUCUCCAAGCGCAAGAAGGACGUCGUCGACCUCUCCCACCACCAGAAGUAACCAUCGCAUCCAGCACCGCACCACCAAUACCUGAACCGCCUCGCUACCUCGGUCUAACCGCAACGCUCCGCAAGAUCUGGCACGACGACGGUUUUAGAGGCUUCUACCGCGGUCUAGGCCCAACCAUCUUCGGCUACCUCCCCACCUGGGCCAUCUACUUCACCGUCUACGACAACUGCAAAUCCUCUCUUGCACAAAACCACUUGACCGCAUCCGAAGACUUCCUCAACCACAUCCUAUCAGCCAUGACCGCAGGUGCAGCAUCCACCGUCUGCACAUCACCGCUGUGGGUGGUGAAAACCAGGUUCAUGUUGCAGUCUCACAAGGAUACCGGUGUCAAGCCGUAUCGUCAUACGGGGGAUGCCUUUGUACAGAUCUACAAGAGCGAAGGGUUGAGGGGGUUCUACAAGGGCUUGUUGCCAAGCUUGUUCGGGGUGAGCCACGUUGCGGUUCAGUUCCCACUGUACGAGAGCUUCAAGGGUUUGGCUAGGAGCAAUGAGGGAGGGGAGGAGUUGGAGGCGAGCACGAUAUUGCUGUGCAGUAGUACAGCCAAGAUGAUUGCGAGCGUGACGACCUAUCCGCACGAAGUGCUGAGGACGAGGUUGCAGAUGCAGCCGAGGGGCAAGGCGGUCAGCAGUGCGAUACAGGAGACAGUUGCGGCGGUGACAGGUGGGACGGUGGGAAACAAGCCAGCGGCGAAUACGGGCGAGCAGGUGGCCAGAAGAUACACGGGCGUUCUGCAGGCGUGUCGCACCAUCGCCAGGGAGGAAGGACUAAGAGGGUUCUACAAAGGUAUGACAGUCAAUCUGGUCCGCACCGUGCCCAGCUCGGCCCUGACCAUCUUGACGUACGAGCUGAUCAUGCAGCAUCUGACACAUGCUCAGUCCGACUCGGACGAGUCAUGA